UACGGGUUUAUGCUAGCCCCCAACCAAACACCGUAUCGAGACCAAAUCUUUCUUGAGAGGAUUCUCGGCAUCGGCGAAAAUGACGGUUUCAUCGUCAACCCUGUCUUCGUUUCACUCUUCAGCAUCAUGGGCAUUUACCCCGCCAUCUACGCCUCGCUACUUGUGCCCGCUGGGCGCAGCGAGAACAAGGUUCCCGCCUGGCCCUUCGUGACCCUGUCAUUCUUAUUCGGCGCCUUUGCGUUGCUGCCGUACAUGGCGCUAUGGCGGCCGUACAGGCGGCCAGAAGACAACCCCCUGCCGCCACCGUCGGCGGAGUUAGAGGGCUGGUCCCGCCUCUUCCUCAAAGGUGCCGAGACGCCGGUGAUGCCAGGGGUGCUGCUUGCGGGCUCGCUGUACUACGUCUUCCAGGCCGUUACCUCCAACGGCGACAUCUGGCUGGACUACUUUAAACUGUUUGACGAGAGCCGUCUGGUCCACGUCACCAGCAUUGACUUCGCCACUCUCACAGCCCUGGCGCCUUUCUGGAUGGAGAACGACGCGACUGGGAGGAACUGGGCCAGACGGUCCCAGGUGCUGCCGAUUCUCUCUCUACUGCCCGUCAUAGGGCCCUGCAUUUAUCUGCUGCUUAGGCCAAAGGCUCGACAGCCUCAGUUGCCCAGUUGA